GGGAGCAGCUGGAGGUUCUUUUGUGGCCGUUGGGGCUGCGGCACUGGCCGCGUCUGGCCGACCUGGGUACGUGGACAAAAAGGGAAAUGGAAGGAAAGACACAAAGCUUCAAGGGAUUUGGAAGUGAAAAGCCCAAGAUGCCUGGAUUGAGCCUAAAAUACAACCCUGUCCCAGUAUCUGACCCAGAGACCAAGUCCAUAUCAAAAUUCACCACUGGAAGUCCUCUAGCUCUGGUAGAAAAGGACCCUAUCGAGUUGUGCUAAGUCACCCUACAGUUACAACCAAAGAAAAGGUUGUGUGGAUACAUAUGAGCCAAGUGCAAGUCUCUUUUUUGUUGGAUACCUUAUCAGUAGGGAAUGGGCCACUUUAGACUACUGGAAAAUUGAAGAGAAUUCAAAGGUACAUUAUAUGAAAUCCUUCCCUUCAAAACUGGGAUGACUGGUUGCUUUUAUUUUCCUAACUAUUUAUGCUAUUGGUCCCCUGAAACUGUGGUGAAACUCUAGACUAAUGUAAAUCUUAACUAUGCCCAUCAUGAAGGGAGAGAUGAUGAGUAUGUUCCCUAUUGCCCUAACAGUGCUCCUAGGAUUUGGCCUGGCACGUCAUGCCCUUCCACAGCAUCCCUUCAUUACACCUAUACAAAGGGCUGUUACUGCAGCAAACUUAACAGAUUUUUGGGUCUGUCAUAAAGUGGGUAAUAUGGAAACCGAGGUUUCCCUGAUCCCUAUACCAGCUCCACUAUCCCAUUGGAUCAAUGAAUCCAUAUAUGGAGUAUAUUAUUAUUCUUCCUAUUCUAAGUACCAGUAUAUGUGGAAAUACACAGGCCAGCCCCUCUCCCCAGAAUAUGGAAAAGGACUGAAAUACAAGGUACACGUGAGCCGCACCUUUUAUACGUACCAAGUUGCAGGACGUCCACAGUAUCGAAUACAACACCGAGGUCAGUAUCCAUUGUGCAUCCAAAAUGACAAUGGAACGGUAUACUUGGGCGAUGUUCCAGAGGACAGAUGUGCCCAGACCCUGUGGUUUGACACUGAUGAUGGCACAUGGGAAGUGAGUCCUGGAUCGAAUAGAGGAGGAAACCUAAAAUGUGGGAAGACCUCCCCAGUGACAUUCUGGGACAAAGAAAGAUACUCCAACUUCACCAUCCUUCCCCUCAAUUAUACCUCUGCCAGCUGGAAAAGUGAAACAAAGAACUAUCAUGAUGAUACUUUAUAUGUUUUGGCUGAAGGGGGAGAGAUUGUCCACACCAACUUUAAUAUGUCAAAUUGUCCUGACGAAAGCUCUUUUGUCAACUUCACACUUAUAUACCAGAUGUUUGAGUCUAUACUCUGUGGUUAUAAUGACACCCCUUGGCACCAUUUGACUCAUUCGUGGAAAAAUUUUAACAAGCGAUGCCCUUGGUAUUUUGAGACAGGGACUCUGAUGAUUCGAGGGAAAGAACGGUGGUCACCAAAUUCCACCUGGGCCCACUAUUCUGGUAACAGACUUACUCUAUCUCUUGCACACACACCUGGGCUUUAUUUCAUUUGUGGUGAUUAUGCUUACAAAGCUCUACCUCCAGCAUGGGGAGGAACAUGCACUAUAGCCUAUCUUGUCCCUGAUCUACAGAUACACAAGACCUUGACCUCUACACCUGUCCCCAACCUUAGGAGCUUAAUUAAUCGAGUUCAUAAACCCACCACCAAUCCUUUGGCUGAGAAACCCUCAGGCUUCCACGCUUUCGCCCGAGCUUUGUUUCCAUGGCUUGGGAUUUUGGAAAUUGAGAAGGCAAUAGUGAAUAUGUCUGCAGCUGUAGAAGAAGGCUUCAGCGCCACCCUUGAUGCCAUAUCCAACCUGCGGCUAGAGGUAGACCCCCUGUCUCAUGUGGUGGUUCAGAGUCGGAUGGCAUUAGAUAUGAAACAAGCCCAACAAGGUGGAGUUUGUGCGUAUAUCAACACUAUGUGUUGUUUCUAUGUUGAUAAAAAGAACCAGAUAAGUCAAAAUGUUACUAAGUUGAAAAAUUUCAUGAGCACAGACUCUGAGUAGGCCAGAUUUGGUGAGACUCCAAAGGAGUCUCAAAAAGGGUUGGGGGGGAAAUUGUGAAGGAUAUAAAAUACCAUAGGUCCAAGGGAGAGCCCUAUGGAGUGCCUUAAUAUGGAUACCCUUAUUAGAAACUGAUUGGUUUCUCUAUAUUGCAGGAUGCUGCCAGUUGGCUGUGUAAUCUCUGCUAUGGUGCUGAGCCUUAUGGCACAGGGUCGACAAAAGACCAAACCCUUAUUUGAGGAGUCGUUUUCCAGCUAGUGGCUUCUCAACUUGGCUUUGAAUAAAGGAUUUACCUUUUCAGCUGGUCCCGGAAGUAACUGACCCAGUCUGUGGACCCAGCUGAUGGGCGAGGUCCUUCCUGGGCUUUUCUGGACCCUGGGUUGAGAAAUGCUUACCCUUAUUAGACUGUGAGCUCCAUGAAAGUGUGGAUGCCAUAUACAUUUUGUAGCUUCCAUAGCAUCCAGCAGCACUCUCUGUACACAGUGUCUGCUUAAUAAGUACUGUACUGUAUUGUCCAAUUGUUGGUUUUUCUAAUGAUUGUCUGUGAGUAGUGUAAAAGGACAUA